AUGCCCUCCGCACUUGCCGCUCCGAUCCAUGCAUCCGCAGAUGGACUUCAGGUAACCGUCCGAUCAUCGUGGCGCGUGGCGUACGGCGAUUGGUCGUCCGUGACCCACGUAUCAGAAACACAGUGUGAGGAAUUAAAAAACGCGGAACCAGGCGACCGGGAGCUGAAUGGAGAGGAAGGCGGAGAGGGCGGCGGAGUGGAAGGCGGAGAGGGCGCCGGAGAGGGAGGCGGAGGAGACGGCGGAAUCUGCGGAACGGUGGAGUUGGAGCGAGAGGAAGGAUCGUCUGGUUGCGUCUUGACACUUCGCCCUCCCUCCCGUUCCCCCUGUCUCCCCCGCAUCCCCCCUCCCCCCAUCAUCUUACACCUUCCGCCAGUGCUCUUCCCCGCCCGCGCUGUCCGCCUGCACUCCCUCCACCUCGUCACCUCGGCGCGCUUUGCUGAGCUGUACGCAGCUCAUGCCACGUGGCAGGGCGGCACGGGGCAGGGGGAGGGCGCACCGGGGGGGGAAGAUCUGGGGGAGUAUGUGUGCACUGUCAGGGGGGAACCCGCGGGGGCUAUGGGAGGGGGAGCGGGAGGAGGAGGGGGAGGGGAAAUGGGGACGGCUGCGGCUGCAGCUGCUGGUGCUGCUGCUGCUGCAGAAGAAGAGACAACAACAGCAGUAGUUGCUGCGCCAAACCUCCUGCCGGGCCUGUCUCCGAACCUGUUGUCAAUGCUGCCUCAAGAGGUGCUGGCUAAGCUGCCUCCGAACCUGCCUGCUGCUUUAGCGGGUGGCAUGGGUGGCAGUGUUGGUGGUAACAUGGGUGGUAACCUGAAUGGUAACAUCGCUGGAAUGAUGAGUGGAAACAUGAGUGGCAUUAUGGGUGGUAACAUGGGUGGUAACAUGGGUGGUAACAUGGGUGGUAACAUGGGUGGUAACAUGGGUGGUAACAUGGGUGGUAACAUGGGUGGUAACAUGGGUGGUAACAUGGGUGGUAACAUGGGUGGUAACAUGGGUGGUAACCCGAGUGGUAACCCGGGUGGUAACAUGUCAUCAUCAAUGCUCCCUCUCCUCCUCGCUUCCCUUGCAGCUCCCUCUAAAACCCUCCGCCCUCCUCCCUCCUCUGCUCCCUCCCUUCCCUCCUUUCCUCCCAACACACUCCCCUCACACACCCCUCACACUCCCCUCACUCCUCUUGGAGCGAUUGGAGAGGGUGUGUGCCAGGCUGGAGGCGCAGGUGACAGGUGGCAUGUCGCGAUUGGCCACACGGCUGGAUAA